AAGUAAAUAGAGCGCGAUAAUGGCAUCGCAGAGUCAGAGCGUCAAUGUCACCUCGCCUGGCACCACGUCGGCGACGACGAUGUCGACGACGGCGAUGUCGACGACGGCAAACGGACCACCGUCGACAUCGAUGCCGUCGCCGGGCUCUACCGUCCUGACCAGCGCGGCCACUAUCUCAGCCGCGAAGGCGCAGACCCUCGCCGCUGGUACUCAACCUUCACAGUUGCAAUCCCAGCAGCAGCAGCAGCCACAGCAUGCCAAUAACAUCGAGCCACUGGAUAAGAAUUCCUCUAAUACUUUAAAGCGCAAUCCAAAGAUGGAGCUGAGCAAAACUGAUUUGUUGAAGUUGCUGGGAUAUCUGGAAGGCGAGCUCCAAGCGAGAGACAUAGUGAUAGCGGCAUUAAAAUCAGAGAAAAUGAAACACCUUCUAAGUUCUCGAUAUCUUAGUAGUACUGCAGAUCCACAUGCGGCAUUAGCUCGCGAUAUUGCGAUAGUAGGUGGUGUGAUUGGUGUUGAAGGAAGUCAAAUUGAUCAACAAGUCGCUAGUUUAGAAGCGCUGGUGACGCAGCAAAGAAAGGCGCAAUGUAGAAUGACUAAAGUUCUUAGGGAUGCUGAAAUUAGGCAUAGAGCGGUAAUUAAAGAAUUAGAAGAAGAAAAACGAAAACACGAACAUGAUACUGCUCAGGGCGACGAUAUUACUUACGGUCUUGAAAAAGAGCGGACAAGAUUAAAGAAGGAAUUAGAAUUAGAGAAACAGGAAAAGAAAAGAUUAGAAAUGGAAUUAAAGAAGAUCAACGACCACCUCGAAGAGGAAAAGAGUCGACAAAAGCAGAUAGUAUUACUUCUCUUAGCGGAACGUAAAAAGAUCAUUAUGAAAUACAUUGAGGAGAGAAAACGAUCUGAGGAUUUAGCUCAAAUACUCAGUGAAGAAAAGGUAAGGAUAGACUCGAUGGCUGAGGGCCUCGAGGAGGAGAGUAAAAAAUCACUACAGAUGGAAGCGGAGUUGGAGAAACAAUUAGCGCAAUUUGAUAUGGAAAGACAGCAAUAUCGGCAAGCUCUCGCGAAAGAGGAAAAAAGAGCGAAAGACUUCGAAACGGAGUUGGAAAAAUUACGAGUCGAGAUGGACUCAUGGAAGGAGUCGCAGGCUCGCGGUCCUGCCAGGGGAGUUGGUGUAACUCCACCACCGCCACCCGCAAAACCAGCGAAUUUGGUUGCCAUGCCGACACUCAGGUCGACUAGUGCUCCGCAAACAAUGAAAGGAGCAGUUUUGGGUACAGGGACACCUAUGGUUAGUAGUAAAGUUGUUCAACCCACUGCAACAGUGUCUAGUGUUCCUGUCAGUGGACCAACGACUGGAAUUGCUAGAUCUGUAACACCGGGACAGGCACUUCGCGGAGUUGCAUAUACGCCUAAUUUAACAUCUGUGGGUGGAGAGUCUACAGCUCCUUCAGAUACGCAGGCGGUAGACAAGCGACAGCCGAUUGUACCUGCGCCCGUUAGUUCCGCGGCCGCCGCCGCGGCUAAGCUUAUCACGUCGUCGCAAGCCGCCGUCGCCGCUGCAGGGAAGCUCGGCUUUCACGUUGGCCAGUCUUCAAGUUCUGCCGCCAGCCCCGCUGUUCAAGCGUCCGGUGCCGCUGCCGCUGGUGGUGGUGGUGGUGCUGGUAGUGGUGGUGGCGGCGGUGGUGGUGGCGGUGGUGGUAUUCUACCCGCGAAAAAACCGUCGAUCUCGCGCGGCGUGCCGCCCCCGGUACCACCGAAUAAGCCAGUGGUACCGCCGAAAAAGGAGGCGGCUGCUUACCUCCGAAGACCGGAAUUGCAGUCGCAAAGCGGAUCGCAGCAGGAUACCGCUAAGUACGGUAAGCAGGUGGCCCCGUCGCAUGGUGCGGCGAGCACAGCGGCGACCGGAACCGCUCAUCCCAUGCAGGCGCAGCAUCCACUUCCGACGAGCACCACCCAGGCUGCUGCCGACGAAGAGGUCAGUAAUAAGAAGGCGGGAUCGAGAUAAACUAGAUUAACGGAAUGAUCGUUACACACUUAUAAUAGGAUAAGGAUGCACCCGUUAAAGAUUCUAACAGACGUGUAAUAAAUAAGU